AUUGAGAAUAACUUUUUAUCAGCUGAGCCAAUUCAUUUGAUUAAAACAACAAAAGACAAAGCAUUAAGUUAUCUUUACUAAAUUCGUCUGAGACUCGAUCAGAUGUCCUGUCACCGAUUUUCAGGAGGAGGACACCACCCGCCUGGAGGUCCGCCUCCCCCUCGCCAUCACCACCACCAUCGUGGCAGACAUGGUAGUGGUAGACACUGUGGACACGGACACCAGCGUUUUCCACCACCCCAUCAUUGGCCCCAUGGACCUGGAAGUCACUUUUGGGAGGAACAUGGUCCACCUCCACCACCACCACCCCAUUGUCUACCACCGGGGGGAUAUCCGCAUGCUGGUCACUAUUGGCAUGGUCAUCCUCCUCCGCCAACUCCGCCAACUCCGCCGCCUCCGGUACCAUCACCACAUCACCCGCAACCAUCAGGAUCUCCACCACGAGGGUGUCCGCAUUGUGGUUGCCCAGGAGGCGGUCCACCUCAGAGUGGAUCGCCUGGUACCGAAAGACACCCAACUCCCAACGAAACCCCAAACGACGAUCAGCAAGACAAACUGCCCACUAAUGAAAUACCUGGAAAGAACAAAUACGAAAUAAUUGAUCUUUGAAUCCAUAAUAGAUAUAAUAAUAUAGAGUAAUUGCAUUUGUAUCUGAGAAUAA